AUGCCCGAAGUUCGACGAGGCAGUCGAAGCCAAAGCCUCGACUGGGCAUCUCGACCUCUCGACACAAUUCCAUCAACCAGCAGCAACCCCCCCAAAGACGCAACCCAAAAUACAACCUCCCCUCCCGCCGCCGCUGGCUCCGACUCCCAUCCCACGACUUCAAACCAACACAUCACCAUCUCACCACCAACCCUCCCACAAUCAACAUCCCAAAGCGUCCCCAACUCACCGAUAUCCUCCCCCGUGCACGUCCACGACCCCCCUCGCCGCAGUCUCUCCUACGCCCUCCGCCCAUCCGCCCCCGCGUACUACGACUCCCGCGCCGCCACCCGCAAAGAGUACGCUCGUCGCGGCCGAACCCUCCAGGAAUACUACGACGCGAACCCCCAUCUCCUCCCGCAGCUCCCAUUCACAUGGCACCACGGCCGCCGGCGCUGGCGCCUCUUCAUCUUCGCCUUCCUCGUCUUCGUGGAUGCGUCGGCCGUCCCCAUCGCCCUGUACUAUGGAUUAAAUUACGCGGGUCAUGUGGAAGGCUGGAUCAUCUUUGCCGUCGUGACGACCAUCUGGGGCGGGCCGACGUACCUGGAGUUUGGCAUCCGGACUUUAAGACUGAUCAAGAAGGAGAGGUUUUAUCGGCCGCUCGGCACAGACUCCCGCUGGUGCUUUGACAUGUUGACCUGGACGUCUGUCAUUACUAUUACGGCUGUGACGGCGCUGUUUGUCGUGGGCAGUGCGCCGCAUAUUGUGUGGUUGAGGGUGCUGUGUAUGCCGGCGCCGGCGAUUUUGUAUUGCUUGGGCGGUGUUAUGGCCUUGAUUACGGUUUGGAAUGUCAUGGGGUGGAAGGCGCCGUUUCGGAUAAGUUCUACGGCAAAGGGGGAGCCGGUUCUCCCAGCAGUGUACUACUUCAUCGAAGACGUUAUUGCCGUCAAUGCCAAGGCCGGCCGACCGUUCCGAGAGGCCCUGGCGGCGAGAUACCAAGCCUCCCCCCGGUUCCAGCGCAUGCUCUUCAUCCAAUCUAUUUUCUGGAGUAUCCCCGCCCUCGUGAUUGCCGUUGCACUGACCGUAGUGGCUGUGCUUCCCGAGGUGCCUGCCACGGCCGCCUACGGCGUAUGCUGGGCCGUGCCGUUUCUUUGGUGCGCGCUGUGGGGGGCAAUCACAGUCUGGUGGUGUAAGCGGGAUAUGGUACGCGAGAGAAUAGAAUGGGAGGAGAGCUAUGGCGAGGUGGAAAAGCAGGGGCCGCAGAGAACAGAGUCGGAUUCAGGGUCUGGCGUUGUUGUGGGCAGGCAGGCAGAAGCAACUGUUUGA